ACAAACACCAAAAUGUCCUCCGAAAACUCCUCUGAAAACCCCUCCACUCUCAAGUCCUACGUCGACUCUGCCACUGGCCUCGCUCAGCGCGCCAUGGGCACCGUGACUGGCGACUCUUCCACCAAGACCGAAGGCGAAACCACGCAAUCGACCGCCUCCGCCGAAAACACCGCCAGCCACGAAACUGCCAAACUCGGCCCCGUGACCGCCGACCCUCACACCGGCGCAACAGCAACCGACCACCCGCAACGCAACACCGGAAACUGGGACCAAACGAUCGGGUCGGCAAAGGAGUCCCUGGGCAAUUUGACCGGCUACGAGGGUCUGCGCCGGGAAGGCGUGGAGCAGAACUCGCGCGGCAAGGCCGCUGAGGCGGAGGGCCAGUUGCGGGACUUCGGGUCCGGGCUGAAGGACAGGGCGCAGGGGGGACUGGGGAAGGUAGCGGCGGCGGCGAAGGGCGAUCGCGAGGAGGAGGCGGAGUGGGAGAGGAUGCAUGAUCAGGGGAAGGUGCAGCAGCGGGGAGCGGAGGUUGAUAUGCAGAAGAGGGCUUGAUCUUUUGGCCAGCUGAUUGAGGUUGAGAUUGAUGAGCUGCUUGGAGUGAGACUGACCUACAUACUAGUUGGCUCUGGGUAUGAUUUAUGAUUUGUGAUUUGUUUCAAUAUGUCUAUGGCGUUGUACUAUAUCGAUAUCCGAAUCGCCAAUUGAGAUUGA